AUGCGCUAUUUUUGCUACUCGAUUUUACCUCCAGAGCUCCAAUAUUUGAUUCUCGAUCAAGUUUAUUAUUGGGACGCCAAAUACCUAUUCCAAACCAACAAAACAUUGCGUAAUUUCUACCUACGGAGAGGAUCACUUCUUUUAAAACGAAUCAACGAGAUCUCUUUAGAAUCCAAUGAUGAGUGCUUGAUUUCCGAAGAGCGUGGAGAACAGUUGACCGUUGUUAUGAAGCCAGGAGGAUGUCGUUAUUUUCGUCUCUAUCACAUUCCAAACAACAAUCGACUUCUCUCUUCGAUUCGAUCGUGUCGGAAUUUGAAAAUCUCCAAAGCAUCUAACCAAGCUAAUUUUUAUCAAAAGAAUUUGAGAAUUUGUGAGAAUUUGUUUCUCGACGAAUUUCCUCAUUCACUUAAACUGUUUGCUGAUGCUUUUUAUCAAAACUAUUUUAUUUCCAUACCAUUCGACCGCUUGAGAGAGUUCCAGGAGAAAGUUAACGAUGUGCUGAAGGACGGAAUCCCUGGAAGAAAUCCUAAAGCAAGCCUGCUCGUUAAGAUGAGCAUUUCUCAGAGGAAUCAAACCGCCAAAAAGCUUUUCGAUGAAAUCGCCUCAAAUCUCAAAAAGCACUCAAAUAUUCAAUGGAUGAACGCAGCUCUGGGAGAGAUGAGAACGAUCAAUGAGAUCGAAUUUCAACUAGCCGACAUCCUAUUUGAAGGGAGCCUUCUCGAGUUCAGGGAGCUGCAACCGUUUCUUAUUUUUGAGAAAAGCUUCGAUAAGAUUAAGAAUCGAUUUCUGAAGUUUGAGAAAGAGCCUAUAUGGAAAGUGUUUUUGAGUCGGCGAAUCGACGAGAAUAAAGAGCUCGCGAUUGUGCUUCGAUUCACCGAAAACGAGGCUCAACUUUUCGCUAAAGUUCUUGAGAGACGCGAA